ACAAUGUCUGUCUUCAAUAGCUCUGCCCUGUACCCUCGCUUUCUCCUGACAGGCCUCUCAGGCCUUGAAAGCAGAUACAGCUUGAUUUCCAUCCCCAUCUUCUUGGUUUAUGCCACCUCAAUUGCAGGAAACAUCACCAUCCUACUUAUCAUCAGAACUGAGCCUUCUCUCCACCAACCAAUGUACUACUUUCUAUCAAUGUUAGCACUUACUGACCUGGGCCUAUCUACUACAACCUUACCUACGAUGUUCAGCAUUUUCUGGUUCCAUGCCCGGGAGAUCUCUUUUAAUGCCUGUCUGGUCCAGAUGUACUUCAUUCAUGUUUUCUCAAUUAUUGAGUCAGCUGUGCUGUUGGCCAUGGCCUUUGACCGCUUUGUAGCAAUCCGAGAGCCCCUGCGCUAUGUGGCCAUUCUAACCAAUGGUGUGAUCACUGGGAUUGGGUUGGCAAUUGCUGGAAGGGCCUUGGCUCUGGUCUUUCCGGCUUCCUUUCUCCUAAAGAGGCUUCAAUAUCGUUCUGUCAAUAUUCUCUCUUACCCAUUCUGCCUGCACCAGGACCUUAUAAAGACAACUGUAUCCAGCCGUCGGGUCAGCAGCAUCUAUGGCCUCAUGGUGGUCAUCUGCUCCAUGGGACUUGAUUCAGUGCUCCUUCUCCUCUCCUAUAUCCUCAUCCUUGGCACAGUAUUGAAUAUAGCCUCCAAGACGGAGAGGGUGAAAGCCCUCAACACCUGCAUCUCCCACAUCUGUGCUGUGCUCACUUUCUAUACACCAAUGAUUGGGCUAUCUAUGAUCCAUCGCUAUGGGCAGAAUGUGUCCCCAAUUGUCCAUGUGCUCAUGGCCAAUAUCUACUUGCUGGUCCCACCCCUCAUGAACCCCAUUGUCUACAGUGUCAAGACCAAGCAGAUUCGGGAUAGAAUCCUCAAGAAAUUCAAGCAACAGAAAUUUUAGGUGAAAGAGACUCUAAAAUAUAACUUCCUUCCCAGUCCUUUUAUAUUUAUGAAUGCAUUUCAUAUUAACAUAGAAUUUUGAAUUUAAAUAUUACUAAUAACAUUUUGCUUUUAAGAUAGUAGAUAUAAACCUCAAUAAUAGUAAGCUCUGUUGAACACCUGAAACUACAUAACACUGUAUGUUAACUACACUGGAAUUACAAAAAAAAAAAAAAAAAAAAAAGUUAAGGCCUUUGGGAGGUGAUUAGGUCAUGAAGGUGGAGCCCCCAUAAGUGGGAUUAGUGGUCUUAUAAAAGGGCUACAGAGCUCCAUUGCCCCUUCAGCCGUGUGAGGGCACAGUGAAAGGAGGGCCAUCUAUGAACCAGGAUGUGGGCUUUCACCAGACACCAAAUCUGUAGGCACCUUUAUCUUGGACAAACAGCCUUCAGAACUGAGAAAUAAAUGCUUGUUGUUUAGAAAAAUAUAUGUGCAAAUCCUGUAUUUUCAGCAUAGAGAAUAAAGGCAUGGUUUUAUUUUGUAUGUAUGUUGACAUACUAGGGAAUAUGGUCACUAAACCCAGGUUAAGCUAUUCUUAGCAGAAGUAUAUAACUUAUCUUUUAAUAACUAGCAAUAAAUGUGAAACUAAGAGUCAUCAAAUCAACAAUCUAAUGAAGUUGUUUAUUAUAUUUUGGGAAGGGCCUCCAUUUCUGAAGAAAAUUUAGGUUUCAAGAUGGCUUUUGAUCCGUCAGUUACUGAAAGAGAGCUAUUAAAGUCUCAAAAUAUCAUAGUGGAUUUGUCUAUUUCUCCUUGUCAUUCUAUCAUUUUUAUCGUGAG